AUGGAAAUAAACUAUAAGCUCGCCUUAACGACGUUGAUCAUCGCAGCUGUCGCACUUCUAGUCUCUGCGCAACCACCCCUAGCAAAUGAAUCAAUCGGAAAAGACAAAGCUCUACGAGGAUCAUUAUUAAGAGCAGGGAAAAAUGUUGCAACUAAACCAAAGUGGGGUUUUUUCGGUACAGUAUUCAACCUUAUCGUAGAGCAAAUUAAUGACACUAAGAGUGCAUAUAGUCAAAUAUCCGAUCUGGUGAAUAAACAAUUUAUUGACGAUAACCAAGCUGUAACUGGUACGCCUGAUAAACCGAAUAAUGGCACAACAGAAUCACCAAAAAUCACAAGGUCGGAAUUUUUAAGAAUAAUUGACCGAAAUCUCAAGGGCUUGGCUCGUCUUCGGAAUCUUGAGUGGCGCGAAUCCAAAAAGGAUUCGUGGUCCAACGUGCAAGGUUAUUGGAAUGAGAUAUUUGCAGGGAAGAAAUCGAAAAGUUCUGGA